UGACAUAAAAGGAACGUUUGUCGUUUCCUCUAUUCAGUUCUACAAGGUAUUUCAGAGUGCUUUUAGAGGAAGAACUUCGUGAGACUUCUUAAAUUUUAUAGAAAUUUUUGCUGCAUCAUAAACUACUUCCAAGGAAGAUAAUCAUGCAGAUCUUUGUCAAAACAUUGACAGGUAAAACAAUAACUCUGGAGGUAGAGGCCUCAGACACCAUUGAAAAUGUAAAAGCGAAAAUUCAAGACAAGGAAGGAAUUCCACCAGAUCAGCAAAGAUUGAUCUUUGCUGGUAAACAACUAGAAGAUGGACGUACAUUAUCUGAUUAUAAUAUUCAAAAAGAGUCAACACUACAUUUAGUAUUGCGUUUGAGAGGUGGAAUGCAAAUUUUUGUCAAAACACUUACUGGAAAAACUAUUACUUUAGAAGUUGAAGCUUCAGAUACCAUUGAAAAUGUUAAAGCUAAAAUUCAGGAUAAAGAAGGUAUUCCUCCCGAUCAACAGAGAUUGAUUUUUGCUGGAAAACAAUUGGAAGAUGGUCGUACACUUUCCGAUUAUAAUAUUCAAAAAGAAUCUACGCUUCAUCUUGUUUUGCGACUUCGUGGUGGUAUGCAAAUUUUCGUCAAAACCCUUACUGGAAAGACUAUUACUCUUGAAGUUGAAGCUUCUGAUACUAUUGAAAAUGUAAAAGCCAAGAUUCAAGACAAAGAAGGUAUUCCUCCUGACCAACAGAGAUUGAUCUUUGCUGGAAAACAAUUAGAAGAUGGUCGUACACUUUCCGAUUAUAAUAUUCAAAAAGAAUCAACCCUCCAUCUCGUUCUACGACUUCGUGGUGGUAUGCAAAUUUUCGUUAAGACUCUUACGGGAAAAACCAUCACUUUGGAGGUUGAAGCAUCCGAUACUAUUGAAAAUGUUAAGACUAAAAUUCAGGAUAAAGAAGGUAUUCCUCCCGAUCAACAAAGAUUGAUUUUUGCUGGAAAACAAUUGGAAGAUGGUCGUACACUUUCCGAUUAUAAUAUUCAAAAAGAAUCAACUCUUCAUCUUGUUUUGCGACUUCGUGGUGGUAUGCAAAUAUUUGUAAAAACUCUUACUGGAAAAACAAUUACUUUAGAAGUUGAAGCUUCUGAUACAAUUGAAAAUGUUAAAACUAAAAUUCAAGAUAAGGAAGGUAUUCCUCCGGAUCAACAGAGAUUGAUUUUUGCUGGUAAACAGCUGGAAGAUGGUCGUACACUUUCGGAUUAUAAUAUUCAAAAAGAAUCAACACUACAUUUAGUAUUGCGUUUGAGAGGUGGAAUGCAAAUUUUCGUCAAAACUCUUACAGGAAAAACUAUUACUUUAGAAGUUGAAGCUUCCGAUACCAUUGAAAAUGUGAAAGCCAAAAUUCAAGACAAAGAAGGUAUUCCUCCUGAUCAACAAAGAUUAAUUUUUGCCGGUAAACAAUUGGAAGAUGGCCGUACUCUUUCCGAUUACAAUAUUCAAAAAGAAUCUACGCUUCAUCUUGUUUUGCGACUUCGUGGUGGUAUGCAAAUUUUCGUCAAGACUCUUACAGGAAAAACUAUUACUCUUGAAGUUGAAGCUUCUGAUACCAUUGAAAAUGUAAAAGCAAAAAUUCAAGACAAAGAAGGUAUUCCGCCUGACCAACAGAGACUGAUCUUUGCCGGUAAACAGUUGGAAGAUGGCCGUACUCUUUCCGAUUACAAUAUUCAAAAAGAAUCUACACUUCAUCUUGUUUUGCGACUUCGUGGUGGUAUGCAAAUUUUCGUCAAGACUCUUACAGGAAAAACUAUUACUUUAGAAGUUGAAGCUUCUGAUACCAUUGAAAAUGUUAAGGCUAAAAUUCAAGACAAAGAAGGUAUUCCCCCUGAUCAACAAAGAUUGAUUUUUGCUGGUAAACAGCUGGAAGAUGGACGUACAUUAUCCGAUUAUAAUAUUCAAAAAGAGUCAACACUACAUUUAGUAUUGCGUUUGAGAGGUGGAAUGCAAAUUUUUGUCAAAACUCUCACGGGUAAAACUAUUACUCUUGAAGUUGAAGCUUCCGAUACAAUUGAAAAUGUAAAAGCAAAAAUUCAAGACAAAGAAGGUAUUCCUCCUGAUCAACAGAGAUUGAUCUUUGCUGGAAAACAAUUAGAAGAUGGACGUACACUUUCUGAUUAUAAUAUUCAAAAAGAAUCGACUCUUCACCUUGUACUUCGUCUCCGAGGUGGUCGAUGAUUUCAUACAUUGAAUUUCGUUUUAAUAUGGAUAAUAUAUAAAAUAAAAAAAUAGAAAUAAAUUUUUUUACUUUUAUUCAUAAUAGUUGCUUAUGUAAUAUAAUUCUGUGAAUGAUACAUCCUGAUAAAUAAAUGGUAUUAUUAAAAAUA